AUGAUCCUUUGGAACGCAACCGGUGCCGCCAUUAUACAGCCUCCAUACUUUUAUUGCAUUGCUAAAAGUAAGGCCACUUCGCGAGACCCUACAAUCCCGCUUAACGAGGCAAUAUCUUUGUUUAUGACAACGAUCCCGGCGCUAUUAUGUCCGCUGCUCCUUUUCGUUCCGGUCUGGCUGAACUAUAGCACAUGGAGCCAUCAUGGUUUUAUUGCCAUAUUUCAUGUUUCGCCCAUCCUCGUAAUCUUGAUCUUUAUCGCCGGUGUUAUAAUCCUACUCCCGCGACAUGGGUUAGUGUCCAAAAAGGAUGCCAAAAAUCCUGACGCGGAUAAACCGUGGAUUGUGGCAUCCUACGUGACCGCCGGCAUAGUUUCUUCCGUCGUACACAUCGCCACAGUUCUAACGUCCUUGAGAACUGUAUCAUCGGAUGCUACAUUUGCACGGGUCUUUAUUCCGUCCCCCGGCAGGGCUAAUCUUUUCCCGUCCUGGUUCCCCAAUCCGGCGUCGACUCUUUCUGGGCUUCCGACCAAGUACGUCGAACUCUUGGAACAGUACCACCUCUUCACCCAGUUUGAUUUGAUUGUCAUUGCACUAUCAUGUAUUGUGUUUGUUCAUGCUCUUCUCCCGAAUACGCGAGGGGACGAUGCAAAAUUCGGCCCUAAAACGAAGGCAGCGAUAGAAAAGCGGGAGUUGGCUUACCUCUUCCUGGGUACGUUGGUCAUUGGCCCAGGCGGGGCCGGUUCAUUUGCGCUUGCAAUUCGGGAAAGUAGAAUCCGGGAACACGCAGAAGUCAAAGGACAAUGA